CACGUGCUUUCACCAUCACACACGACGACCUGCCUCGUACGCCGUCCCGGCCAGCCAGCGCCCACGCACGCGCAGCCACCUCCGAAUUCGAAUCCAGCGGCCGCUCCGGCGUCCCAUUGGCCGACGGAGCCAGCCGGCGCUCUCCCGGCCGACGUCGAACCUCUUCGCGCACCGCCACGCCGGCCGCGACCGAGCUUGCGGCGCCCGCUCUCCCACCCUUGUUUACUCUCUCUCGCCGCCCGAUCGCGUUAUCGCCUGAUAUCGCCCGCUGCCCUUCGCCCACAUUCGUCACGCACUCUUUCCCAAUUUCCCGGCUGCCGUUUGCCAGUGCCGGCAGGUCCAGCGAACCUCGUUGUGAUUGUGCUCAGUGUUCUCGAGUAGCUUCCGUUCGUUUAUGCAAACGACCUGUUUCGCAAGGACUAGGCCCGAAGCGUCGCGAGCGCAGGUUCGACUUGUAUGCUUCCCGUCUCUGUCUCUCUCUCGCUCUUUCUCUGUACGCGUACGCGUAGGCGUGUUGCAGCUGGUAUCCCGUCGGCGUUCGUGGCCAGAGAUAAUUGGGAGCGUCCAGGGCGCCGGACACAGUGUGAAGUGUUGACAGUUUACCGGCAGCAGUGACAAAAAGCCUCCUAAGUGUCGGCAGCAAACGAUUGACGAUUGGGUUGGCGAGGCGCCACCUAUGUGCCCGCCGUGAUUCCAUCGAUUUCGAAUCGAAACUCUUUCUCGCUCGCUCGGCCGAAACGCGCUUCCCCGCCGCCCUCGAUCGUCCCGCCGAGUUUUCGCGCGUUUAUCGCUCCUCGGCCUCGGCGCAGCCACGAUUUCGCAGUCAAUAAGGAUCACCUCGAGUUUGCCAAGCUACAGCGACCUCAACGACCGGAGCAAUUUGCAGUUCGCCAGCGGCCCGAGUCCUCAUGGAAUGACUCAAUAUGUCAGCUAAUUUCAGAGCUUCGUCGAGGAGAAUGCUGGGCUGGCUGUACUGGUGCGCCGUGCUCGUCGGCGCGACCGCAUCCCAGGAUUUCUUUGGAGAUAAGAGGGAGACCCAGUACGACUUGUUGGAGGCGGUGGUGUCGCAGAUCGACGACAACGACAAGACCCUCUACAUCGCCGACGGCCUGGACAACUUCCCGUCGUUCGGCUUUCGACUGGGCUCGGAGAUCAAACAGCCUUAUCGGAUGUACCUGCCUGAGAAACUGCCGGCCGAAUUCACCCUCGUCGCCACCUUCAAGCCGCUCGCCAUCAAGAACACCUACCUAUUCGCCGUGCUCAAUCCCUUCGAGACCGUGGUCCAGCUUGGCAUCCGCAUAUCCGACGGACCAUCGUCCAACCAAAACAUCUCGCUGGUCUACACCAACUCGGACAUGCACUCUUUCUCGGACGAGGUGGCCAAGUUCACGGUACCCAAGCUGACCAAGCGCUGGUCGAAGGUCGUCAUACGGGUGACCGGCAACGACGUAAUCCUCUACUUGAAUUGCCACGAAAUGGCGAGGCAGCGGGUCACGCGGAUUCCGCCCGAGCUCGUCUUUGACACCGCCAGCACGCUCUACAUCGCACAGGCUGGACCGCACAUACAGGAGAAAUACGAGGGCCUGAUGCAAACUCUGAAAUUGUACAACGGGUAUCCGGCAGAUCUCGAAAAGUGUGAUGAAAACUUUGACUUCCUUUCGGAUGUCGGCUCGGGAGAUGACGAGAUCACUGGCUCGGGGGAUAUCGAAUCUACCAGCGAAUUCGUAGACGAGGAUACCGUGACUCUUCCACCUGCGAUAACACCACCGCCUCCAGAUCUAAGUACGAAAGGAGGAAUGAAAGGAGAAAAAGGCGACAAAGGCGAGAAGGGGGAAGGCGUGAGAGGUCCGCCGGGACCUCCCGGCAAGGGUUACGAUCUCAAUGACGAGGAGUGGACGUCGCGACUGCCGCAAGGGCCGCCCGGGCCUAAAGGUGAUCCAGGCGAGUGCAGCUGCAACGCGACCUCGAUAUUCUCAGCGUUGACAAUGCCCGAAAUCACUCGUGGCCAGAAAGGCGAACCUGGCCCUCCAGGCAAAGAGGGCAAGCAGGGCCUCAUCGGGCUCACGGGAGUUGCUGGGCCGCCAGGCGAGCGUGGCCAAGAGGGACCGCAGGGCCCGAAGGGCGACAAAGGCGACGUAGGUGGUAUCGGGCCGGAAGGACCGCAGGGUCAGAAAGGCGAACCCGGCAAGGACGGCCUCGCUGGCGAAAAGGGCGCCCCCGGCCCACCUGGACCACCCGGCAAGGGAGAUUUUGCCGGCUUCGACCCUAGCUGGAAACCCAGAAGUGGCUACAGGGAAGGAUAUGCAAUGCGUCCUGGAUUACCUGGGCAAAAAGGAGACGAAGGAAAACCGGGUCACACUGGUCCAAAAGGUGAGCCUGGAGUACACGGAGUCAAAGGUGUGAAAGGUGAAGCAGGGCACAAAGGUCACAAAGGUGAUCAUGGGAAAGAGGGGCCGCGAGGUCAUCAAGGCCAAAAGGGUGAACCAGGAGCACCAGGGAUUGCCGGAUUACCUGGAGCUGUCGGGGAAACCGGACGAACUGGCGAUAAGGGUGCCAAAGGAGAUGUUGGUCCCGAGGGCAAAAGGGGACCUGCCGGGCCACCUGGACCGCCUGGAAUCGGCGGUGCCAGUUCCAGCGAUGCUACUUUUGGAGGAAGGGGUGCAAAAGGCGAGCCUGGCGAGCGAGGUUUCAAAGGUGAGCUCGGCCUGAAAGGCGAAAAGGGAGACAAAGGAGACGCUGGACCUGCCGGUAUUCCUGGAAUCAAUGGAAUUCAAGGACCGCAAGGCAACAAGGGUGAACCAGGUAAAGAUGGCACUCCAGGAUUUCCGGGUACUCAAGGUUCAAAGGGUGACCGAGGUGAGAGAGGGCCACCUGGCCCAACGACAAUUGCGGGAGCCGGUGAUUAUAUUACGAUCAAGGGCGAAAAGGGCUCCGAAGGUAGACGUGGUCGUCGUGGUAGACCUGGCCCACCCGGUCCUGAAGGACCACCUGGAAAACCAGGGACUAACGGUGAUAUGGGCCUUCCCGGCUGGAUGAACAACUUGAAGGGUCGAACCGGUAAUCCAGGAAUACCUGGAAAUCCCGGACUAAAAGGAGAAAAAGGAGAACCAGGAGGUUCGAAUUCUUAUGGAUCUACGUACGCCACAAAAGGAGAUAAAGGAGAAAAAGGCGAAGAAGGACCUCCGGGACUGCCAGGUAUAGCUGGUCGCGAUGGUCAUCGAGGAUCUCCCGGCCCGGCAGGACCACCUGGUCCACCUAUUCAAGGAACGUACAUCCCAGUUCCUGGGCCACCUGGUCCACCAGGACCACCAGGACCUCCGGGUUCCGGAACGGGCAAGAGUCAUAUUUAUGGAGAACGUGAAUAUUACGGCUCCAGACAGGGGCUUAGAAGCAGUCUAGAUGAGCUGAAAGCUCUGCGCGAACUCAAAGAGCUAAAGGAGCUGCGAAAGGAGCAUUUGGGCUCCAAUGCUGCAGCUACGAGGAGGCCCGUUGAGACUGUUACAAAAAUAGUUCCAGGAGCAGUAACGUUUCAAAAUACCGAUGCAAUGACAAAGAUGUCUGGCGUAAGUCCUGUAGGAACACUCGCAUAUAUUAUCGAUGAACAGGCACUGUUAGUUAGAGUCAAUAAUGGUUGGCAGUACAUCCCGUUAGGAUCACUACUGCCAAUUAUGACGCCUACUCCACCGUCAACAGCAUCCCCAUCAGUCAAUCCAUUAUUUGAAGCUUCUAAUUUGAUAAAUCAGGUCCCGAUCAAAGCUCCGAAUGCAAACCGACAUCCUAACUUGUUACGCAUGGCGGCGCUGAAUGAGCCAUACACCGGCGACAUGCACGGGAUACGAGGCGCUGAUUACGCGUGCUAUCGCCAAGCAAGACGAGCUGGAUUGAGAGGCACUUUCCGUGCCUUUCUUAGUUCGCGCGUCCAGAACGUCGAUAGCAUCGUCCGACUAAGCGACCGCGAUUUACCAAUCGUCAAUCUUAAGAAUGAUGUUCUUUUCAAUUCAUGGAAAGAAAUGUUCAACGGUAACGGAGCCUACUUCUCGCAAAAUCCGCGUAUAUAUAGUUUCGAUGGAAAAAACAUCCUCAACGACUUAACAUGGCCGGAAAAGGUGGUUUGGCACGGCUCGCACAAACUAGGUGACCGAGCAAUGGACACUUACUGCGACGCCUGGCACUCGGGCAGUUCGGACCGCUACGGACUUGGAUCACCACUGACGGGCAGUCGACUACUCGAGCAAGUUCGCUACUCGUGCGACAAUAAGUUCGCCCUGCUCUGCAUCGAGGUCACAAGUGAGAAAAACGUAAGACGCAGGCGGCGAUCAAGCGACGUUGACGACGACGAUGACGAUGAGAACGACAACCAGCUCGAACACGACGAUAAUAACGAUGACAUUGUCCUCAACGAAGCUGAAUACUCCGAGUAUUUGAGCCAGCUUAUCCUUGAAUGAAUAGUUUAUACCUACCUGAAACCCAAAACUUAGGUGUGAUGUAAGUUAAUGCGCGCGCGCUCGUGUGUAUUGAUUACUUUGUACAUAACAUUGAGAGAAUGAUACGUUUCUUGCAACGAAAUCUGCAACCUUUCGCUAUCAUAGUUCGUCAAUAUACGUUAAUUUUUCUCGCUGACGCGGAUCAUUAGUCGAUUAAAAUCUACUGUUAAUGAAAAUCAGUUGACUCACUGCCAAAUUUUAAAAUAUUUUCAUAUGAAAUUAAUAAAAAUUUUAUUGAAAAAUGAUCAGUUGAUCUAUUGAAACAUAUAACAAAAAGUCAACGACAGCACGAACAUAAAUAAUUAUAAGUCUGAAAAUACUUUGCUAUGGCUUCAUAUUUUCAACGAAUUCAGCAAUAAUAUUUGCAUUGAUCAUCGAUUCUUUCUCGUAAUAUUUUGGAGCUAUAAGCUUGUCAGAGUUUAAGUAUGAAUAUUUGCAACACUUCGUACAGUCAGCCUUAAACAAUUAGUUUUUAGAUUUAUAUGUACUUUACUUUUCCAUGAGAAUGUUUUUUAGGAUUUUUUUUAAUUCGUGUUCUGUUUAUCAAUUGAAUCUCAUUUUUUGGUUAUUGUCAGAGCAAUUAUAUCAAUUAUUUUAAACUGUAAGUAAGCAGGAUCAUAAAUAUUUAUGUCUAAAAAUUAACUUAAAUAUUUUUGUGUUUUUCUCUGUUAUUGUCUUUGAAUUGCCAUGUAACUAAUACUGAAUGAACAUAUGUUUUUAGAUAUUUUACUUAAAGAAUGUAAGGCUGAUGAAAUUUUUGUAAAAAAUAACAGUAUUAAUGUAAUAGUAGAUGUAUUUGUAUAUCUCAAACAAAUAUUCGUAUUUCCACAUUUCUUAUAUUACAAUGUUUGUGAUGAUCGAUCAUAUCUCAUUUUUAUACUAAUGCAUUUUGCAUUUAACUGAAUAUUUUUGUUUGUUUUACUCAACUACGAGAUAUGGAUGUUUUUUUUGUAUCCGAUUGUAAAUAAAUAAUGACGACUUGACGUGGGAUGAAAAUUUAAAGUAAUAUUGUGCCGAUUGUGAUUAUUUAAAUACAUAUCCAU